GGUCGUGUCAGAACAAAGACCGUUAAGAGGGGAUCCCGUGUAAUUAUUGAAAAAUAUUAUCCACGCCUUACCCUUGACUUUCAAACAAAUAAAAAAAUAUGUGAUGAAGUUGCUAUCAUUCCAUCUAAGAGGCUUAGAAACAAGAUUGCAGGCUUUACCACCCAUUUAAUGAAACGUAUUCAACGUGGUCCAGUUCGUGGUAUAUCUUUCAAAUUGCAAGAAGAAGAGCGUGAACGUAAAGAUAAUUACGUCCCAGAGGUUUCUGCUUUGCAAGUUGAAAAUAUUGAAAUUGAUCCCGAUACUAAGUACGUGUCUUUGAACUUUGAAAAUUUGGCUGGAGUUACGGUAUCAGCUCCUGUUGCACUUAAUACAUUAGCUGAACGUCCUCGUGGUGCAAGGAGAGGUGAUCGUGCUACACGUCAACAACUUGAAACUUGA